AUGAGCGCGGGAUCUAUACCGCAGACAUGCAGCCACCCCCGUUGCAGAGAAAUCACACCCGGUCGCGGCAUCUUCUGCCGACGCUGCCGUUCCAUAACGGUUGGCGGGGAGUGGGCCAUCCGUGAUAUCGUCUGGGGUCUCAGGGAAGCAGUCCGUUCUGGCGACGUCGAUACCCACAUCACGGAGAUGGCCGAGAGCGUGAUCCUCCAGCUCUCCCGUGAAGUUGCUGCUAUGUGCAGUGACUUGAGCCAGACUCCCACACAGGAUCUUCUGAGCCCCGACGAAAGCCAGUCGGCCCGAUUCCUCGCCCAGGCCGUAGCUCACGGUCCGAUUCGGCUCAUCACCAGCCGCCUCCCAGGCCGCGUUCGACGAAGGAGAGGUCUAUCGGUCAAGGGAGGCAGACUUAGAGGCCAGGUAUAA